AUGCCUCCUCCGCCGGUGCCCGCCCCACGUGCGCCGCUGCCGCUGCCGGCAGCGCUCCUGUUGCUGGUGCUGACCACGGCGCACUGGCAGCUGGCGCGCUGCCAGCCUCCUCCUCCUCGGAAUCUCAUCCAGAUCGAUGAGGAGCUGCUGCUGGGGCUGCAGGCUGCCAUCAACAACUGGGACCAGGCCACCUCCAGCAGUAACUGCAGCAGCGUGGGGGGCACGGACUGGGUCUCCGGCCUGCCAGUGUGCGGCAACGCCACGCAGGGCAUGGGCUGGCGAGGGGUGGUGUGCGACGGCGGCGGCCACAUCACCGAAGUGCACCUGGAGCACUGCGGCCUCCAGGGGUCGCUGCCGGAUGAGCUGGCCCAGCUGCCACACCUUGCGGUACUGGACCUAUCCCUCAACGCGCUGACGGGGGGCGUGCCCGUCACCUGGACCGCCCCCGGCGCCUUCCCCGCACUGGAGACGCUGAACCUAGCCGGCAACAUGCUGAGCGGCGCUCUGGAUGACUUCACUAUGGCGUCGCAGGGCUGCAUGGCCGGCCUGGCGCUCAACGUCAGCGUCAACGCCUUCAGCGGCGGGCCCAUCCCCGCCGGCUGGUACUCCCGCACCCUGACCACCAUGGACCUCUCGUUCAACGGCGUGUCGGGGCCGCUGCCGGUGCAGUGGGGCCUGCCCAAGGAGGCCCUGGGCAUGCAGUUCCCCUCCUCCUUCCCCAGCCUGGCCUCGCUAUACGUCCAGGGCAACAACCUGUCAGGCAAGGCGGAGGCGGCGCAGGAGGCGGUGCAGGAGCCGGGCAAUGAGGAGCUGCAGCAGGCGCCGCCGCCGCCCGCGCUGGACGACGCUGACGUGGCGCUGAGCGGCGACGGCAGCGCGGCGCAGCGCGCCCUGCUGGCGCAGCGGGCCGCCAUCACCAACUGGGCUGCCUUUGCGGGCAGCAACAACGUGACGGGGUGGGACGACGCCACGCCCGUCUGCCUCUGGACCGGCGUCGCCUGCUCCAACGGUACCGUCCUGCAGCUGGACUUUGGCUGCAACGAGGUGGGCGCGCCGCAGGCAAGCGGCUUGUGCAGGACGCGUGCCGAAGGCUCGCUGGCACCCGACUUAGCCACCAUCAGCACCAUGCAAGGAGUGUUCAUGACCUCUCAGAGCCUGUCAGGGACGCUGCCUCCCGAGUGGGGCAUCGACGGCGCAUUCCCGGCCCUGCAAAAACUGGACUUGUGUUACAACUCACUAUUGUCUGGCACUCUGCCCGCCCAGUGGGGCCAGCCCGGCGCCUUCCGCCAGCUCACGGCGCUGUGGCUGUGCGACAACAUCCUCACAGGCGACCUGCCUGCCGGCUGGGGCAGCGCUGGCGCCUUCCCCGUCUUGUUUCAGCUUUACCUGCAAAGCAACCGCCUGAGCGGCACUCUUCCCGCGGACUGGGCCAACAUGACCAACCUGAGCCUUCUAUCCAUUGAGAAGAACAGCCUCAGGGGGGCGCUGCCCAGCGAGUGGGGCAGCGCAAACGCCUUUGCCAAGCUGCAACAGCUGUCUCUUGACACUAACCAACUGAGCGGCCCGCUGCCUGCCAGCUGGGGCUCCUCAGAUUCCUUCCCAGCGCUCCAGCAGCUGUGGCUGUACCACAAUAAUUUCACAGGCACCAUCCCUCCCGCAUGGAGCAACGGCUUUUGGGCGCUUCAAAUUCUGGACCUUCACAAUUGCAGCCUUUCGGGCACCCUGCCUGCCUCCUGGGGCAUCGCGCCAAACUCGUUCCCUGUGCUGGAGGAGCUGUGGCUCAACGAUAACAACCUGACAGGCCAGAUCCCCGAGGCCUGGGCGGUGGGGCGUGCCUACCUGAGCCUUGGCAAGAUGGGUCUGGAUGACAACCCCACCCUGUGCGGCCCGGUGCCCGCCCACCUCCUCCAACCGGUCUGCUGGUCUGGCGCCACCCAGUGCACCGCCAGCAGCACCCUCGCCUGCCCCUCUCAGUUUCGCGCCGCCGACAGCUUGGAUGCGCUGACGCCGGCGCCCGAAGAGGGAGGGGAGCCCAUCCCGGCUGGCGCCAUCGCAGGGACGGUAGUGGGAGCACUGGCCGUCGGGCUGCUGGCUGGCCUGGGCCUCUUCGCCUGGCGCCGCAGCCGCACGCGCAGGCUUCGCCAGCGAGCGGCAGCCGCCCAGGCACAGGUGGAGCGCCAAGAGCGGGACAACGGGGCCAAGGCGCCCGGCGGCGGCGGAUUUCCCGCAAAGGGCCCCGCCGGCGCGCCGCCGCCGCUGUUGGAUGCCGCUCCUGGCGCCCCGAACGGCGGCGGCGGCGGCGGGCCGGGCGAGGCCGCCAGCCUGCCCGGCAGCUACGUCACGAGCGCGGGCGCUUGGUCCAUGCUGUGGGCCAGCCUGCGGGGCGUGCGGGGUGGGGCGGCACCAGGCGCGACCCACGGGGCCGGCCCUCGCACAUCCGCCGGCGAAGAAAAGAGUGCUGGGGACAGCGGGGGGUCUCUGCAGCACGACCCAAUCAUCUGCUACAUCACACAGGAGCUGGCCAGCAUGCGCAGCAUCACCCUGGAUGCCGCCGCACCACCCCCGGGCAGCAGGCACGGCCUGAGCCUGGCCGCCGUGGCCACGGCCUCGUCUGCCGCCGCGCCAGCGGCCGCUGCGGCAGGCGCCAGCGGCAGGGCGGGCCCUGGCAGCCGCGAGGCGGCGGCGGACAGGCGCAUGAUGGAGCUGUGGCAGGUGCAGUGGGAGGAGCUUCGGCUGGAGCGCAUGAUUGGCAGAGGGUCCUUUGGGUUUGUCUACCUGGCCUACUGGCACGAGACCGCGGUGGCAGCCAAAGUGCUCAUCAUGUCAGACGACCCGGCCGUGGGAGGGUUGGAGCUGCCGCAGGCCACCCUGCGCAGCCUGCAAGAGGAGGCGGCCGUGAUGUGCCGCAUGCGCCACCCCAACGUCGUCGCCUUCCUGGGCCUCGUCUCCCUGCCGCCCUGCAUCUGGUGCAGCCGGGGCAGCUUGUACGACGUGCUUCGGCGGGCGGGGCGGGACGAGCGGGUGGCGGCGGAGCUGAGCUGGCAGCUGCGCAUGCGGAUGGCCGUGGAUGCGGCCACCGGCCUGCUGUACCUGCACUGCCGCUCGCCGCCCAUCAUCCACCGAGACGUGAAGAGCCCCAACCUGCUGCCUGUGCUGUGCACACCCCCAAGCCGUGAUGCGCUGUCCCGCACGGUGGUCUUCCUGCUUUCCAAGAUACUGGCAUCGGAGCAGCCGCAGCUGUCGACGUCGGGGGGCGUGGGCAACCCCGUGUGGCUGGCGCCCGAGGUUCUGGAGGGGCAGCGGGCCACGGCGGCGGCUGAUGUGUAUGCGUUUGGGCUGGUGUUGUAUGAGCUUCUGGUGUGGGACAUCCCCUGGCGCCUGCCGCCCUUCACGGUGAAGCGGCAGGGCCGGCAGGCGCCCGGCAGCUGCGCCCACUCGCGGGGGCAGCUGUCCCGCAGCGCUCUGCCGCAGCCUGUCAUGCGCCUGGUGGUGGGCGGCAGCCGGCCCGAGAUACCCGCCCCCGAGGCGCUGCCCGGGCCCGACAGGCCGCAGGCGGAAGACUUGGAGGCUUACUGCCAGCUGCUGAGGGAGUGCUGGGCGCAGGAGCCGGAGGCGAGGCCCACGUUCCAAGGCAUCGUGCCGCGCCUCCGCCAGCUGCUGCACGCGCCCGGCGACCUGGGCGCAGCCGACAGCCUGCUGCUGAGCGGCUACAGCAGCGCGCUGCUCACCAGCGCCGGCCCCGGCGGGCAGCCGCCGUAG